AUGGCGGCGGCAGCAGACACCCAGAUGGCAGGGGCUCCGGCGCGGGCGCUGGCAGGACCCAGGCGCAAGGGCGGCGCGUCCGCAGAAGGCGAGAAGGAGGCCAAGAGCAAGAACGAGAAGCACUCGGCCACCCUCAAGCUGCACUGGAACCACCUGCUGGGGCAGCCCAGGGAAACGGCGAUCACGCAGCUCCAGGACCCGGUGCGGCACUGCAGAGUCAGGGACUGCUGGCACGACAAGAAGAAGGAGGGUGCCGAGGCCACGCACUGCAAGGUGCAGCUCAUGAUGUCCCCCCAUAUGCAAUCGGUGACCACCAAGCACCACAGUGCGGAGGGGGCGACAGUGAGCGACGCAGUCCAGGCGGCAAUCCUCAAGGAGAACGGGGUCCUGAAGCCAGGAUCAGCCCCGCGCGGGGCGCUCGAGAGGGGCGCGGAGAAACUCCUUCGCAAGCUCGGCAUGACCUCCGACAGAAUAUCCAAGGCGAAGGGAUCCCAGGACCUGGACGAAGACGAAGACGAAGUGUGCGGCUCGCAGAUCAGCUGGCGCGCGCUGGAGGAGCUGGACGCCCGCGCGAGGGGCCGCCCGCACCCGCACGAGAUGGGUGCCUGGCACGUCGGGUGGGCCCGCGUCCGCAGCGCCCUGGAGACCGUGGACGAGGCCAUCAAGGAAUGCGACGAGGGCCAGCGCGUGGGCUCGGGCGGCGGGAAGCCGGCGCGGGAGGCGCCGAGCACGACGGGGCUCCGAGGCGGGGAAGCCGUCAAGGACCGCGGCAGCCGAGGCGGCGAGGCUGGCGACGACCGCAGUAAGGCCAUGGGCGCAAACGAGGCUUUCGAAGGGGAGGCCUCCAAGGAGCGCAGGAGGAGUCGCGGCAAGAGCAGGCAGCGGAGCAAGGUGAAACGCGGCAUGCGGAGCAGCUGCAGCGAGAGUGGCCAGCGAAAGGCGGAGGCAGAGGCCGAGGAGGUGAAGGCUACUAAGAGGAGGAAGGCCAAGGAGGCGAGCUCCAGCCCAGAGGCUGCCAAGGGCAAGCGGCGGAAGGCCAAGGAGGCGAGCUCCAGCCCAGAGGCUGCCAAGGGCAAGGGGCAGAAGGCCAAGGAGGCGAAGGACUCCAGCCCAGAGGCGGCCAAGGGCAAGAGGCGGAAGGCCAAGGAGGCGGACUCCAGCCCAGAGCCCAGAGGCGGCCAAGGCAAGAGGCGGAAGGCCAAGGAGGCGGACUCCAGCCCAGAGGCGGCCAAGGGCAAGAGGCGGAAGGCCAAGGAGGCGAAGGACUCCAGCCCAAAGGCGGCCAAGGGCAAGGGGCAGAAGGCCAAGGAGGCGAAGGACUCCAGCCCAGAGGCGGCCAAGGGCAAGAGGCGGAAGGCCAAGGAGGCGGACUCCAGCCCGGAAAGUGCCCAGCAGAAAAAGAGGUCGGCAAAGAGGCAGAGAAGGUCGUCGUCUUCCAGUUCCGUGCGAUCUCUACGGAAGGGAAGGGUCAAGGAUACAAAGAGGGAAGGCAAGGCCCAGCGACAAGUGAAUGGCGACGACGGCCCCAGAAAGAAAAACAAGAAGGGCGGCAAAUUGAAGAAGAAGGAGGACACAUCUUCAGGCUGAUGGUCGACGUCUGCACGCGCUCUCGGAGGGCAACGACGCGAGAGGGGAACUCCACUGGCGACGGCGCUGGCGGCAGCAGCACAGCAGCGGAGGCCGAGGUCCUCGUUUGCCGCGGCGGCGUCCAGCCAGCCGCGGGGCGCGCGCGGCGCCGCGCGCUCGUGCAGCGUACUCGUGCAGCGCGCUCAUGUGCGGACCUCGCUGCCGGCCGCCACGCCGCAGGCUGGCGCUGCGUCGCCGCGGCUCGCGGAGGCUGGCGGCGGGGGCAGGCAGGACCGCGGAGGGCCGCGCUCGCCGUGCUCUGC